AUGAAUCCCAAGAGUACACAAAACGAUUCAAACAGCACGGAGCCAAAGGAAGGAAUCCACAAUCAAAAAAAAAAAGAAAAAGAUGGAAUGAGCAGCUCUCGCAAAAAGGCCUCCGCGCCUGCUGCGGGGGCUGCCAUUGGACAGAAGGAUAGUCCAAAAGGUUCAGACCAGACGAAGGGGGAGGAUGGGCAGCAGACAAAGCGGGAGCACAAGCCAAAGAUACAGGCGGUGAAACCAAAGGAGGAGCCGGUAAAGGAAAACGUAGAAGUGGUAAAGCCAAUUGUAGAAGCGGUAAAGCCAAAUGUAGAAGCGGUAAAACCAAAGGUAGAAAUGUUGAAGUCAACGGAGUUAACAAAACUGAACGAUGAAGCGAACAUCCCAGCCGGGUACAACCACGACGCGACGGAGAGUAUUGAAAACCUGUGCAAGGAGUUCGAUCUGCAGGACCUGAAUUCAGGCCUAACAACAGAGCAAGUAAAAAUAAACAGAGAAAAAUAUGGAGAGAAUUACAUCGAAAAGGAUGACGCAACACCAAUAUGGUUGAUUUUUCUAUCGCAGUAUUACAGCCCUGUGGUGAUGCUACUCCUCGUUGCUGCUCUGGCCAGUUUAAUCCUGAAUGAAAUUGUAGAAGGAGUUGCCAUCAUCAGUAUAGUUACGCUGAAUGCCUGUCUAGCUACAUAUAUGGAAAAGUCCUCAGGUGACGCUAUCGCAAAGUUAGCAGAAAUGGCAUCCCCCCAAUGUACGGUUUUACGAAAUGGGAAUAAAAUUGUUAUUCCCUCGAGAGAAGUAGUGGUUGGUGACGUCGUCGUGAUCAGCACAGGGGACUCCAUCUCAGCAGACUUAAGAUUAACUGAAGUGAUCGAACUGAAAACAAAUGAAAGUCUUCUAACAGGAGAAUCGGAAGAUAUAAAGAAGACCUUAACACCAGUUGAUUACACCACCCCUUUUGCGACCAACUUAUGUUUCGCCACCACAUCUGUCACGAACGGUUCAGGUAAAGGGAUAGUUAUUGCCACGGGGUUAAAUACCCAGGUAGGGAAAAUAGCCUCUCAGUUGAAAAGGUCAAGUAAGGGAAGCAAAUUGACUCCCCUACAAGUAGCAUUAAACAAACUGGGAGGACUCAUAGGUCUUAUUGCCAUCAUCGUUUUGGUGUUUAUCAUAGCGUUGGCUGUACUGAUUAAUUAUAGAGAUCCAGCACAUGCCGAUAAGGAUCCCAUUCUUGUAAUAAUUAUAAUUGGAGUGGGUUUUGCAGUUUCAUCCGUUCCAGAAGGAUUACCAAUGGUUGUUACGAUAACCCUUUCUGCUGGGGCUAAGGAUAUGGUUCGAAAGAAUGCGAAUGUGCGUAAGUUACCAGCUGUAGAAACGCUAGGAUGCUGCUCCGUCAUCUGCUCAGACAAAACGGGAACACUCACUGAAGGAAAAAUGACAGCCAUUAACGCCGUAACGUUUGCAAAGAACUCAAGUCUAAGUGAUAAGAAUAAUAAGCUGACGAAAACGUUUGACUUUUAUCCUACGAAAGGGUUCGAGCCUUAUGGUGGAUUAUUCGAUUCUAGCAAAUUAACAAAUGAAUUAAAAAAAAAAAUUGUCAUCGCGAAGAAUCAAGGCACAUCUUAUGAUUCCAUUUUGUACAAUUAUGGAAAUCCAAAAAAUGAUUCCAUAGAUGUGAAGAAAACGAGGUCUCUCAUGUUUGCUGCUUAUCUCAACUCGUACGAUACUACACUGGCGAGGGAUCCUAAGACGUCUAAAUGGACAAUUCAUGGAAACAUGAGUGAAGGACCUAUAGUAGUAGCUGCAGCGAAGGUUGGGUAUAAUUUCCUCACUAACGACAGCCAACAAUCGUACGUCAAGGAGUACACACGAUUGGACGAUUUAGAAGUUACCUUUAACUCCUCCAGAAAAAUGAAAAUCACCUUUUAUAAAUUGAAGAAGGAAAACAUGUUUGAGUAUAUUCAUUUGCAGAGACCAGGGAAGAUGUUCACCCACGUUGCUCUCAUCAAGGGUGCCCCGGAUAAGCUACUGGAUAGAAGCACGCACCUUUUGGAGGAAUCUCCCAAGGGACCGCAAAUCUGUUGGAAUGACAAAAUUAGCGAAAAUGAGAAGGAAAUAUUAGCCCAAAAGAAUCUGGAACUAUCGCAGAAGGCCUUGAGAGUCCUCGCCGUUUGCAUUAAACCGUUAACCACUGAACACAUAACUUUAUUGAAAAGUUUGGACGAUGCUGAUGAGCGACUGAAAUUUGUCACCACCGAUGAGGAUAGCGGAUUCAUCCCUCUGGGAUAUGUUGCCGCGUUCGACCCACCCAGACCCGGAGUGAAGGAAGCCAUCCAGACAUGUAGAGAUGCUCAAGUGAAAGUCAUUAUGAUCACGGGGGAUCAGAAACCGACGGCCAUUGCGAUUGGAAAGCUCAUCGGUUUGAUAGGGGAGGAGCAGACAGACCAAACAGACCAGGCAGACGCCCAAGCCAUCGAAUGCUCCGAGCUGCACAUUAACAAGAACCCGAACGAACCAGUACUACCGGAUGACCAACUAGAUGCAUUCACAGAUAAAAUACUGAUAUACUCAAGAGCCCAACCGGAGGACAAAAUCACCAUCGUAAAUUCCCUGAAGAGAAAAGGCUACCUAGUCGCCAUGACAGGAGAUGGGGUGAACGACGCACCAGCUUUAAAAGCAGCAGAUAUAGGAGUCGCCAUGGGAAUAAACGGAACGGAGGUAGCCAAAGGUGCAUCUGAAAUGAUUCUAAUUGAUGACAAUUUCUGUACAGUUGUUAGCGCCAUAGAUGUAGGAAGAACUAUCUUUUCUAAUAUACAGAAAUUUGUUUGCUUCUUGCUGGGUACGAACAUUGGAGAGAUACUUUACCUUUCCAUCGCUAUCGCAGCACAGAUGCCCUUCCCAUUGGAAGCACUUCAAAUCUUAUUCUUGAAUUUAAUGACAGAUGGAUGUCCAGCAGUAGCCCUAUCGAGGGAGCCACCCAACCGCGAUAAUAUGAAAACACCUCCCAGACCAAAGAAGCAACCCAUAAUGACCAAAAAGUGGUGGUUCUAUGGAAUCAUCCCGCAUACAAUUUUCGAAGCGUUAUGUGUCCUCCUGUCAUUAGCAUUUUCUCUCUACAUCUGCACGGGCAGUUAUACCUUAAAUGAUAUACAUAGUUCCUGCCGAACCGUUAGCUUCCCAGAUGCUUCAGAUGCAGACAUCAAACAUGAGUUCAAAUACUUUUGCAGUACCUAUGAAUAUAGGGUGUCCCCAGAGUAUGUUGGUUGGAUCACCAACGUGAAUUUCUGGCACCCUGAGAAGAAAAAAACAGUUACUUUUUGGGGAGCUGCAAAAGGGAAAGUAGAGAAUAUAAGUCCUGAAUCGAUAGAAAUACAUCCAGAUAUACGAACCAUAAUGCAGAAUGGUUGUCCAGGUGAUUUAGAAACAGAUGAAUAUGGAUGGUGUAAACCGAAGGAAAAUAUUUCUGUUAACGCAAAGGAUGACAAUCUUCCCCCUGGAGUGUUUCGCAAGAAUUUUGAAGACGUUGCUUCUAAGGGGUCAAAAAGAGGUAGAACCAUGGCAUUUAUUUCUGCCGUAUGGUGUGAAAUGUUGAGAGCGUAUACUGUUCGAAGUUGGGAACCCUUUUACAAAGUCUUUAAUAGAAAUAUGUGGAUGCAUCUGGCUUGUAGCAUUUCGGCCACUUUGACAUUCUUGUCCACGUGCAUUCCGGGAAUUACCUCCGUUCUGAACACCACUUGCUUGCUCUGGUGGCAAUACCUCUUGGGCAUUUCAUGGGCACUCCUCAACAUGCUGCUGGAUGAGAUCGUGCCGAAGGUCAUCUACCGCAGGAGGUACAUGUCGGUGAAGAAGUAA